UCUGUGAAGGCAUCACCAUUGCCAGUUCAUCCUUGUGACUCCUUUCAGCAGCACACAACAGGUCUUAGAAGAACCAUGAAGUUCAUCUGUCUUUUCUUUGCUGUGGUCUUCCUUGGCAUUGUCCAGUCUGAUGAAGCAGAUCUGGACCAAGCAGAGAAGCAAGAGGCAGAGGCUUUGGAAGAUCUGAGUGGUCCUCAGGAUGAAAACCCAGCUGGUUACGAUGAAGCUUUGGAGGAUGAAGGUGAUUGUAGCGUACAUGGUGGGCGGGACUGCAUUUCAUUGGGAAUAGUUCACUCAUUGAACUCAGUUAGAAAUACUUCUCCUUGGCUGGAUCAUGAGCUAAUGAUAGUAUUUUCAAUGGUGAUUAGUAGUCUGUACAUGCUCUUAGGCAUGGUCCUCUUGGACAUUACACUGAAACUCUCUAAUAUGUUCUGGAAGGAAUGCUGAGUUGGACCUAAGUAGCUACCUCCUUUUCUGCAGCACUGGAAAUUUCUAGCAGGGCCUGCUAAGAUGUGAGGUGGCCAGCUUGUCCCCUGCAUGUGGUCAUCAAAGAUGUACUGCGUUCAAACAUGGCUGAAGCCACUGAUGAGUGGUCUUCCAUGAUAUCUGAUUAUCAAGGUUAUAUUUAGUGGUACAGCAUCUCACAGAUAAUUGUCUGAAAUAGGAUAUCACCUAGUGCAUUCUUCCCUGAGUGGUUUUGUUUCCUUAGAGUUUGAACUGUGUAAGGGGGAUAUGCAAUGGAUCAGACCCAUCUGUGCUUGUUACAAUGGAGUGGGUGCUCUUAGGUCUGAGGGAAGAGAGGUUUUUGGCCUAUGUUGAAUCUCACAGAGCUAAGCCCGCACUCAGAGAGCCAUGUGCAACCAGAAAGUUGCCCUGGGCCCCCUGAUGUUGAUGUGACAGAAAGCAAAAAGUCCAAGAAGGAGCAUAAGGUUUACAAUAAGCAGCCGAAAUAAUGAAACAUGCCAUGUAAGUUCUGGUUUUGGUUGAGAGGGUGGUGGCAUGGUGGCUUCUCAGCACAAUGAGGAAACAAGGGAACUACUGAAGGAGCAGGCUGGUUCGCUCCUGAGCACAACCUAGCUCAGCAGAGAGAUCUCCUGAUCUGCAUCUGCGUCUAAUGAUUGGUAACUGCUGAGAACAGGACUUGCAGUGCACAUCCUGCAACAUUCCUAAAUGCCAGACAGACAGCUGUCGGAUGCCUGGGAAGCCUUGUGCAAGAGAAUUUUAUCUGAUGCCAUUAUGGGCCCUAGAGUUGGGUCUUCCAUGCACACAGAAAAGUCCCUGCUGCAAAAAAAGCCAGGAAGUGCAGUGUGACUUUGUGUUGUGCGUUUAAAUGCAUGACUCCCACCUUACUUUUGACAUGCCUUCCCCUCCACAUGCAAGUGAUGCAGACAGGCAGCAUGGUGCAGUGGUCAGAGUGUUGGGUUCAAAUCUUCACUCAGUCAUGCAUCUCAUUGGGUGACCUUGGGCCAGUCACUACAGUCAUACCUUGAGUUGAAUGCGCUUCGGGUUGAGUGCGUUCGAGUUGCACUCCGCGGCAACCCAGAAGUAACGGAGCGUGUUACUUCUGGGUUUCGCCGCUCACACAUGCACAGAAGCUCAAAAUGACGUCACACGCAUGCACGGUAGCGGUGAAAUGUGGCCCGCGCAUGCGCAGACGCGCCGUCACGCCGUCGCGUCUUGCGUUCCAUUUGGGAUGCAAACGGGGCUCCAGAACGGAUCCCGUUCGCAUCCCGAGCUACCACUGUAUUUUCUUUUCACUGUAGCCAACCUCACAGGUUUGUUGUGAGGAUAAAAGAGGGGGAACCAUUUACGCUACCUUGAGCUCCUUGGAUGAAAAUGGGGGACAGAAAUGCUAUAGUGAAUAAUGGGGCUGGGGGGUUAAAGGUGCCUUUCCCCUGCUUGCUUCUGUCUUCCUCCACCUUCCUUCCAUCCAGCCAACCAACCAGGCAACUGCUGGCUAUGGAGAAAUGAAAGCCAGAGAAAUCAGAAAGGCAAAAAUGAUGAAUGAAUAGCUGGCUACUCAACGGGGGACUUGUUAUUACAGAUUCUGUUUGUUUCAUGCUGACUAGCAAUAAGAAAGGCUUCCAUUCAUCAAAAUUUCCCAUUCAUCCCCAAAACAAAUGUUCACCACCAGUGUAAUGCAUAAAGAUAACAUCAUUUCUGCUUUGUGUGAAUGCUUCUAGACUUCUGUGUAACAGGUUCUGUAACAGGACUGUUUUUCUCUGAGCAGGAAACAUGAAAUGGAGGAAUGGUACCAAUCUAUGUGAGAGUGCUGGUGGUAAAUGCUUUUUCGCCUUCUGCCCUCGUGGAUCUAUGCGCAUUGGAAAAUGCGGCCGAUUCCGUCGCUGCUGUAAAGGUGAAGUCUGCGUUCCUCAUUAAGACAUCUCACAAUUAUUAGUAAAUGUUUAUUACAGCAAAAGCGGGAUGCACAGGUCACCUGUCUGCACGUAGAAUCAUAGAAAUGUAGAGCUUGAAGGGACGCCAAGGGUCAUCUAGUCCAGCUCCCUGCAAUGCAGGAUUCUCAGCUAAAGCAUUUCAUUCAAAAAUUAAAUGGAUGACACAAGGAUACUUUGGGUAUGGCUUCCCAGUCAUGGACGGUGCCUAUUGGGACUGGUAGGGAGGAAAGCAGAGAGACCUACAGCUGCUGGCACCAAAGCCAAUGGCAGGCAGCCCCAGCUAAUUCUCGUUUGGUCCCCAUCUUCCUCCUCUCUUGCUUCUACUGGAGCAAAACUGAGCUGGAGGAGAAGGAAGCUGACAGUCAGGGCCAACAUCUGGACUGACUGCAAGGAAGGAGGUAGGGCAGCUGGCAUGAAGGCUGAUUGAAGUCCGACUGAGGCUUGUGAGGAAUGCACAGUUGGCCCAGUAAACCAGCCUUUUCUUGUGCUGCCUGAAAUAGACUCUGGCUUUUGACACCUGAGAUGUACCUUCUCUUUAUUUUUGUGGUCAUAAGUUGAUUUAUAAUGCUUUCAACCCUGAGGGUUUAUCAAACAGAGCAAUUUGGGUUUUCUUCCGGUUGACGCUUGCUCUGAUUGCACCAAAGAGCAGGUUUUCCCUGCGAAUGGUGUGGGGCAAGGGGAAAACCACGUGGACCCAUGGCUAGAAAGUGUGGGUCAAGCAGAGUGUGGGUCUUCCUAGGUAUGGGACAAGUGCAAGUGUGGAUGAGCUCUGAGUGUUAGUUGCUGUAACUCACCCUUUGACCAUCGGGUGAAGGGCAGCUAUUUAAUUACAGGGUGAUCUCCCAUGUCAUUCAGUGUACACCCAUUGAUUUCAAUGGACCUGCCAUGAGCAUGACUGCUGGAACUGAUCCAGCACAUAUAUGUAACACUAUAUACAGUGGACCCUCCGGAUACAGACUUAAUUCGUUCUGAGGGUCCAUUCACACCCCAAAAAUUACGUAAAUAGAGGCGUGCUGCUGCUCAUGCAUGUGCUACAGAACCCAGAAGUAUACAGGCCGUGGCCGUAACCCAAAUAUUCCGUAUCCAGAGGGAUACAUAAGUAGAGGUAUGACUGUAUUCUCAAUAUGUGUGAUCAUGACUAAACCACCUCUUCUUCCUCUUUUCUUUAGCAAAAUGAAGUAACUGGGAGGGAUUUCAAAGCUGGACCAUUGUUUGAUCAUCCGUGGAAGAAAUUUAAUAUCAAGUAAUCAUCUCUGUUAAUUUGGGCUCCAAGGAAUCUGACAUGGUGCGAGUCUAUCCUUGCCAAGUCAAGAACCUCUUCCUUCCUUUCAGCUGUUACUACUACUAAUAAAAAAUCAACAGAAACA